UGCGGUUGACGUUGUCAAGAUGCAAAGUCUCAACGAUCCCUAACAAAAUAUGAAGCAUAUUUAUUCAAAUCAGAGUUAUAUAUUGAUCUUCAUAAAAUAUUAAAGCUACUUGAGUUUCUUGUGGGAUUCAGAGAGAUGAUAAUGGACGUCGUGUUUGGCGGAGGAGAACAUUGACGAAGAAGGACGAUAUGUUGCGUUACAAAAUGCAAAGAGUUCCAUUUGUGGAGGAACAAGUAAGGAAGAUAAGAGAAGUUGGGAAAGUAAUGACAAUGGACAUAGAGCAGCUGCUUUUGAGGGAAGACAAUCGGUUUGAAUUUGUCAAUAGUGUAGCAGCUGAAGCAACAGAGUACGUGGAAAAGAACAGAGACGAAUAUGGAGGUUCCAAAAAAGCCAUCUUUCAUGUUCUGAGCAACCGUGUGAACGAUCUCGGUUUUGAUCGCCCUGAGGCUUAUGUAGAAGCUGAUCCUUACAAGCCCGGUCCUGGCUAUUUGUUGGAGUAUUACACUUGAGAUCUUAUAACAAGAGUUUCAAUGUUCUUCACACCUUUGUUGUUGUAUUACCAAACCAAAUCAAUGCAUUCACAGCUU